UAGGACUGCUUGUAUUUUCAGCCAGCAAAGAUGUACAUGAAUGAUAAAUUGUAGUCAAGUGGCGUCAUUUUUUAUUUUUAUUUUUUGCUGGACGGAAAAGGAGGGCUGCACUUUCUGCAACAGAAAACACGACUGACUGCUGAUGGGUGAGGAUAAAUAGUCCCACGGUGGGCUCACCGUGGGACUGGCCUGGACCAGCCUCAGAUUCCCACGACCCCUCCUCUCCACAUACACAGAGGAGCAAGCAGGCUGCAGAGACGCACAGGCGGACAGCGCGUAGACAGAGAGGCAGAGCAGCGCUGCACCACUUUUUUUCUCUUAUUUACUAUAAAAGCUACAUUUCAGGCUCCGCUGUUGCGCAUUGCACUGACUCACACUGUGCAGAGAGGAGGGUUUAAAAAAAAAAAACACCUAAAACAAAAACGUCCCGAUCUCAGGAGGAAAUGGGAGAAAGAGUGGAUUAGCCGCGGAUCAAAAGUGGAGGAGUGGGAGGAAUAACGAAACUCGGGAUUAUGUAUUCUGAUAAUGCCGAGGAGCCGGUUUCUGCUAGAGAUUUACAUCCAAAACAAGGCAAGUACCCACUGACUGCAUGCACACCGCCUCAACACAUGAAAAGGCUUAUUUUAUUGAGCAACAGCGCAGAUGAACGCAAGAUUUAUGCGUAAAAACACUUCUCCUAACUUGAAAUACGACCGGUCUCAGUCCGCCCUCUGAGUCCAGUCUCCCUCGGGGGCAAAUUAAAUUAUGAGUUCAGUUCAGAGGACUUCCACGGAGCCGCUUCUUAAGACCGCAGUGAGAUCGUGAAGUGAAAUCACAAGCGCUGAUGGAGUGGUCCAAUAACAGAGAAGUCCGGGUUCGGGCUGAGGAGGCUGUGUUGCUCCACAGGGAGGAACUGCAGAGAGCCGCCAGGCGCUCAUUCAGAUGCUGAAGUCUGAGGAUGACGGCUGCCAGUCCGCCCUGCAGCCCUGCCUCCUCCCACUCCUCACCGGUCUGCCUCCCGGCCUGCCACAAACACCUGAGGAAAGGAGAAGCCCUCCAGACCAAGCUGCGCCUGGGCUCCCCGCCGGGCGUGUGGCUCAUGCUGGGCGCAAUGGUGGUGCUGGUGGGGAUGAGCGUGGCUGUGGCGGGCUACGUCUCCGCCGCACCGAGGCCGGCCGUGGGCGGACGUGGGAGCACCCACGUUGAGCGGAUGAAGCUGGCCGGGCCGGUGGUCAUGGGAGUGGGCCUCUUCAUCUUCAUCUGCGCCGCCACACUGCUGUACGAGAACCGGGACCGAGAGAGUCUUGUUCGAGACCCUCUGAACGACCUGGAGGACCUGAAGGAGAGCAGCUGCUGGGAGGAUACUCAGGAGCAGUGGGAGCACUCGGAUGAGGAGCAGUCACAGUGGACCAGCCCGGUCCACAUCCUGCCUCUCGCCAGCAGUGAUUCUAAUGAGGAGGGAGACCAAAAGGAAGAGGAAGAGGAGGAGGACAAAGAGGAAGAGGAGAAGAAGGGGAAGUUGAUACUCUUCACCCAAGUUCUGCACCACCAGGAGCCCAAUCCUCACCAAUCCUCACCCUGCCUGUCCGCUUCUUCUGACCCGGUUCACUCAGAUUCAAGCAACUCGAGUGAAAUCGACCGGACAGAGUCUUUAGAGCUGCCCCAGGACUGAAACUUCACCACGCACAACCACCGGACUAUGCACUGCUCAGUGAAGAAGAGCUUAAGAGUUGUUUGUAUGUUAUAGUGCCUCUGAGUGGUACACUGAGUCACUGUCUCUGAAGGGUGUUUUUGUCCUACAUUGCUCACUGACUCAUCCACAUUUGAAAAAUUUUAAGCUGCGCUGUUUGAUGUCAACUCGUCAUCUUGUUGUCUCAGAGCUCCGCCCGGCUGCCCAUAAAACUUCACUUCUGGAGUGACCAAACAUGGACCUGCUGUAAAAGUUAUUUGGGUGCCAACCUGGGUGAUAAAUGCUUCCUCUCACACUCAUCCUUUCCCCUAGUAGUGGGCUUUUCCUUUCUUAAGAGGUUCGCUAAAGAGGAUGAGCCAGAUUAGGUCCUGAAUGAGUCUUUAUCUUAUCUCACGUGCAGUAUAAUCUUCUCUUUAUCUCGGGGAAAGUUGUGUUUCGGUGUAAACAAGAGCAGCACAAAAGCCACACUCCUCUCACUCGACACCUACAGCCAUGCUAUUAAUACCAGCUGGUGCUCGAUUGCAAGAUCCGGAUUUCUUACUGUAAAUUUCAACAGUUUCUUUGGAUUCCCACAUUCAGCUGUUCACAUUUCUCCUCUUCCUUCAGUGCGGCGUCAAAAGAUCUGAGAGAAUCUGAGAGUGGAUGAACAGAAACGAGUAGCAGCAUUUAAAAACACAAAUUCUGGUGAGGCUGUGAUGAGUUAUUCUUGACGUAACUGAGAAAAAUCACUCCUGUCGGUUUGAGUAAGUGAUGCCUCACUCUCCCACCAUCGCGACCUCUCAUCUCCCAUCUCUUCAUCACCUCGUUUCCUACGCUUUAUUCAAAUUUUCAUUACUCCAUCUCAAUUCUUGGCUUGUGCACAACUGAGAAAGAGCACAAAAAGUAAAUAAAGCACAAGAAAACAUUUGCAAGUACAAUUAAAGGGAUAUUUCAGAAUAA